AUGAACCGUCGACUGUUCUUGCCCAUGGUGUCCUUGUUACUGCCUGAUUCUGCCGUGUCCCUCAGCAACAGUGCCACCAAGAGCAUGUCCACGAAAGCGUCCAACUUGUUUGCUAAGCAACAAGCAUCGGGAAAGUGGUCUGCCAUGAACAUUCAAACAGCCGAAGAAUUGACCAUCAGUGUUCGUCAGAAACUACAGGACGAAGGCGUUAUUGGUGUUGACCGUCCUGUCCGGAUCAUUGGAGAACCCAUUGAAAGACCCGACCAACUCUUGAAGAAGAAAGAUUCGAAAAAUGGCGCUAACACAAAGAGCACUACAACCAAGAUUCUCCAUUUCCAACGUCACGGUCAAGGAUUCCACAAUACCAUUUGUGCCCUUUGGAGAGAGCUCACGGGGAUUCCAGUGGAUCUAGAAAACACAGAUCCUGCCCAAAAUCCAUUGCUCCGACUGGACGUGAUGGAUUCGCCCUUGACCGAACUGGGUCGGCAACAGUGCUUGAAAUGCCGGGAUGACGCUUCGCUGUUAAACCCCGAACUCGUGAUUGUAUCACCACUCCUACGAGCCAUUCAAUCGGCAGAACUUUCCUGGAGUGCGCAUCGGCACAACAACAACAACAACAAAGUGCCAUGGGUAGCACACGAGCAGUGUCGCGAAGACUUGGGAUUACUCAUAUGCAAUCAACGACGGACCAUUGCGGAAAUUCAAAAAAUGUACCCGGAUAUUGAUUUUUCACUUUGUGUCGAUAAUGAAGAUACCCUAUUCAUGCCGGAUCGAUUGGAAACGCCCCUCGAAACCACGCAACGUGCCUACGAAUUUUUGGUCGACCAUGUCCGGACGCUGCCACAAACAGAAAUCGCUAUUGUGGGACAUUCCUCCUGGCUCUUUGGCAUGUGCAAUGCUGUCAUGGACAUUCCAGACGAAAGCCUGCGCACGUGGUUUUUGACUUCCGAAAUUCGGUCCAUGCAAGUGACAUUUGAAGAUGAUCAAUCGUCGUCAUGA